CAGCGGAUGGCAGAUGAUGCGCACUGUGCGCCGGCUGAAAACAGAGCGCGCGGUGCAGACAGGAGGCACACCGCAGCGCACACACUAACACACACACACAGACAGACGGACACAUACUGUAUGAUUCUCCCUGUUUGACAAGGAAAUGGAGUUGAAAUAGGCGCACUACUUUACCUUAUGGACUGAACGCAGUGACUGUCGCGUUGGAUUUUGGAACCUCACGCCCAGACAGUCAGGAGGGAGAAAAAUGUGGAAAUACACGAACUUGUUCGCCUGUUUGCUGGUUUUGUGUAAGGAUGCGUCUUCACAGAGCAAGAUCUUUGGGGAGACUGAGCCUGUUCGGAUGACGUCAGAGGGCUCAGACUGCCGCUGUAAGUGCAUCAUGCGCCCUCUAAGCAAGGACGCCUGCCUGCGGCUGCGGAGUGGCAGUGUACGUGUGGAGGAUUUCUACACGGUGGAGACGGUCAGCUCUGGAUCCGACUGUAAGUGUUCGUGUACGGCCCCGCCGUCCUCCCUCAACCCUUGUGAGAAUGAAUGGAAGCUGGAGAAGCUGAAGAAACAGGCCCCUGAGUUACUAAAGCUCCAAUCUAUGGUGGACCUCCUUGAGGGAACACUUUACAGCAUGGAUCUAAUGAAAGUCCACUCCUACAUCAACAAGGUGGUGUCUCAGAUGAACACCCUGGAAGAGACAAUCAAGACAAACCUUACGCGAGAGAAUGAAUUUGUUCGGGACAGCAUGAUGAGUCUCACCAACCAGUUCAAGAGAUAUGAGAACUACUCCAACAUUAUGAUGAGCAUCAAGAAGGAGAUCUCCAGCCUCAGCCUGCAGUUGCUACAGAAAGACUCCUCUGAGAGCAAAGCACAGGACACUAAUGGUGAGAAAACCAAGGAGGCUGUAAAAAUACCCAACAAAAAGACCCCUGCAGCCAAACCCCCACCCAAACCACCCAAAGAAAAGGUCGUAAAGCCCAAGAAAGAGGUCAUUAAACCUGGGAAGCCGGUCAAGCCUGACCCUACGGCCAAAGCCAAGGUGGUUGGCCACCAGCCUGGCGUGGUGAGGGGCAUCACAUACUAUAAGGCUGCCAAGACCGACGAGGAUGAGCACCGAGGAGACCAUUCUGCCAAAACGUACACAGUCCAUCACAUCACGGAAAACCAGUCAGAGGACGGAGGAGCCGAAAUGGUCCUGGAAACCAUGGUGGCCACCGUGGCUGAACCCACUGCCACUACUGCAGUUCCCACCACCACAACUACUAGCACCACAACUACCACCACUACUACACCCACUACUAUCACCACACAAAGUACACCAGCAUCUGAAAGACCAGCUCCGACUAUCAUGCUGGUCCUGGACAACUCCAACAACAACAGUCGGCCCACUCUCCACAGAGCAGGGAAAAUCCUCAACUGUGAAGGGACUCUAGCAUCCAUUGAGCAGCCAGAGAAGCAGCACAGUUAUGGGCGCAACGAGGGAGCCUGGAUGAAGGAUCCCCUGGCUAAAGACUCCAAGAUUUAUGUCACUAACUAUUACUACGGCAACAACUUAGUGGAGUUCCGCAACCUGGACAACUUCAAGCAAGGCCGAUGGAGCAACCUUUUCAAACUGCCUUACAACUGGAUAGGCACAGGCCAUGUGCUUUAUAAUGGAGCCUUCUACUACAACAGAGCCUUCACCAAGAACAUCAUCAAGUAUGAUCUGAGGAUGCGAUAUGUGGCGGCCUGGACACUUCUGCAUGAUGUGGUUUACGAGGACACCACCCCCUGGAAAUGGAGGGGCCACUCGGACAUUGACUUUGCAGUGGACGAAAGCGGCCUGUGGGUUAUUUACCCUUCCAUGGACUAUGACUACAACCAGCAAGAGGUGAUCGUCAUCAGUAAACUGGAUCCUGGAGACCUGUCGUUGAAAAAGGAAACAACCUGGAGGACAGGUCUCAAGCGGAACUCCUACGGAAACUGCUUCAUCAUCUGUGGUGUCUUGUACGCCGUCAAUGUGUACAACCAAAAGGAAGGUGAGGUGAACUAUGCUUAUGACACCCACACCAACACUGAAGCCAUUCCACGCCUGCCCUUCACCAACGAAUACUCCUUCACCACCCAGAUUGACUACAACCCCAAGGAAAAGGUUUUGUAUGCCUGGGACAAUGGCCAUCAGCUCACAUAUCGGGUAAACUUUGUCGACCAGUGAGCACAGCUAGUUUGUGCUACAGAUAAGAUCACAGUAGGCCUGCCAGUAUGGCACCUAAAUAGAAAGAAGAUACUCAGUAUUUGACAGGCUAGAAGCAGCCAUAUUGGACUCAACAGGACAAAGGAUUAACCUACACCAGCCUUCCAGUACCAAUGCAUGCUAUUCAAACACCUGACCUCGCAGUUCACCAAACAUACACGCCUCAAAUGUGUGGGAUGUGACUGUACAAUAUGUCAAUAGAUUGGACAGCAAAGAGUGGAAAUAAUCUCACAGGUUGAGUUAGAGCUCAUCGGGCAGAGUUUAGGAAAGCAUAGAGAUUUCUUUAGAUGUUCAUUUAUGAAAUGUCAGCAGGCUGGCUAACUAGCAGACACAUAGAUAGCUAUUAAUGGUUAGCUUAAAAUAGACAUUUGUAACAUCACCUACUGGUUUAUGGGGAGACUUUUUGGAUUUAUCACUAAAUGUCCUUUUGGUAGUUUCUGAGGCCAGAAAAACAAAAUUUGGGCAGAAGCAUGGGCAGUGGCUAAUUGAGAUGGGCUCAUGUCAAUCAAGUAGAUUUUUUCCCAAACCUAAGCCUUAAUAUCUCUUUAAAGGGUUGCUUCAGAUAAGUCUAUCUUAUUAUAAUACAUAUACGGGUACAUUUAAGUUAAAAGAGGUCUUGGUUACUGUAAUCAUUCCUCCUGUCCAUAUUGACGUGAAGUGAUCCCCUCCUAAUGCAACUACACUGUAAAAGAUGCCAGAAGAAUUCAUACUAAUAAAAAAAACUGAACUUUAGAAUGCAUUUUUACAAAGACCAAAGACUGUGGAUUUUGUAUCCAAUUUCUUACAAUGGAGUCACUUCACAACCACUAUAGACAGGAGGUAUGAUUACAGCCACCAAUAACUCUUUAAAUGUACAUUUGGGCAUGUGAGUAUUGUAUUAAAACAGACAUUGAAAAUUUCAGAACCUAUUCGCUAAUAAAACAAGAUUUUUAAAAUUGCUAACAAGACAUAUAUUAAAGAAUUGAAAUGGAAGUGAAAUAACCAAGAGUCAUUGAAACUAUAUCGACCUGUGGAAAGAGAAAAGAAGAGAGUUCAGUCAGAGACACUUACAGUAUGUCAAGAAAUUGACCAUAUGCGGCAAAUGGGUUAGAUUCGGCAGAGGGCUGUGCUCUUUGAGGGAGCUCUUAAAGAAUCCAAGCAGCAACAAGGACUAAUCCCCCCCGAAAUACACACAUAUAUGAAUAUUAAAUCUUAGUUAAAUCAAUGAUACGAAACCUUGACACAAAAAUUACUCAGGAUAAUCCACAGACUUGGUGAGCAGUUUCAUGUAGGAACUAUUUCCUUUCUACCGAUAGUGAAACAUGAAACUGCUCACAACAAGGUUUGUGGAUUAUCUUGAGUAACCGGGUCAUGAUUUCUGGAAAGAGACAUUGCUGUUGAGUUUUUCAAAAUAAUUUUUUGGCACCACAAACCGAGUGCCAUAUAGUCCCAUUAUAUUCAAAAAAUGCACGGCCGAUAUCUCCAAAACUCUGCAGCUCACACCAAAACAAUCUAGAUGGAUAAAUCGCACUACAGGUAAGAGGAAAAAUAUGUAUUAUUGAUUUUGGGGUGAACUGUCCCUUUAAGUGGGCUUCAAAUAUUUUUACAGUGUUAUUUGGCUCUGCCACCAAACAUUUAACUCAACUAAUGAGAUUAUUUCUGCAUCCAGAGUAGUUCUCCUUCUGAAAGAUGUUUGUAAAAGUAAACUAUCAGCUAUUGUUUCAUUUGCCCAUCUACUCCAUCCUAUCACCAAGCACUUUGAUCACGUAUCUGCUUUGAUUAUUAUUCCGGCCUCAUGAUGCUUCCUGUCUCUUUACCACUGAUCUUGUUUUGAGGGAUAUGUUGAAUAUAAUUCCAAAAACAAAACAAUGUACAAAAGUUUCAAGAUUUUUUAGAUUUACAUUAAUUAAUUUGACAAUAUCAACUUUCUUUCUAAUUUCCAUGCAUCUUGUUAAAUUUCUAUGUUGUUGUAUAAAGGUAUGCAGCGUUUGUACUGUUAAUAACAUUUGCGUAACCACUACAUUUGUUGUAAUUAUUGAGUAUUUGAACAUUUUCACCUCAAUGGAUAUUAACAACCCUGAUCAGUCAUGCUAAUACAAAAGGUUCACUGUGCCAUAAGUUGUACCAUAAACCACAAAUGUUUUUAUUUUUGACAAUGACAGUGACAGUACUGUGUAAGGCACGUAAUGGGAAUGGUAAGCUUUAAGACACAUGAGGUAACUCUUACAGCACUUUAUAGUGUUGCUUUGGUCUUGUACACCAUUCAUGAUUCACAACCACAUUGUUUUGCCUGUUCUUGAAUUAUCAGGAGUGUUUUGUUACGUCGAUUCAUAAAAGGCAUGCUGAUUGCAAUAAAGUAAUUUGUUCAAUUGUAAA